AUGGCGUUCAGCCCCUGCUGGUCUCAGGGAGGUGAAGGCCUUGGUGUGAGUGAGAAGACAGAUCAGCUGAAGGAGUCACAUCAGGUCAGAAGAAGGAAGAGUCCCAAGCUCUACCAGAGUCAAGAGGAGCAGGAGGAGGUGGAGGAGGAGGAGGAGCAGCAGGAGGAGGAGCAGCCUGCCACUGUGCCAUUGGGUCAUCCCCAGAGUCCUCAGAGCUCCUUCUCCGCCAUGCCAUGGAGCACAUCAGAUGGAAGCUCCAGCAUCCAAGGAGAAGAGGGCACACACUCUCUCCAGGCCUCAGCACACACCAAAUCCUUGUUCAGAGGCCUGCUGGAUGAAAAGGUGGCUGAUUUGUUGCAUUUCAUGGUCCUCAAAUAUCGACUGAAGGAGUCCUUCACAAAGGCAGAAAUGCUGAAGGUUGUCAUCAAAAAGGACAAAAACCAAUUCCCUGUGAUCUUCAAGAAAGCUUCUAAGUGCCUAGAGGUGAUCUCUGGCAUUGAUGUGAAGGAAGUGGACCCCAAAAUCCACUCCUAUGUCCUUGUCAACUCAUUAGACCUCACCCAUGAUGAGAUGCAUAGUGAUGACCAGAGCAUGCCUAAAAAUGGCCUCCUGGCAAUCAUCCUGGGUGUGAUUUUCAUAGAGGGCAACUGCGCCCCUGAGGAAAACAUCUGGGAUUUCUUGAAUACGAUAAACGUGUAUGCUGGGAGGGAGCACUUCAUUUAUGGGGAGCCCAGGAAGCUCAUCACCAGAGACUGGGUGCAGGAGAAUUAUCUGGAGUACCGGAAGGUGUCUAAUAGUGAUCCUCCACGGUACGAAUUCCUGUGGGGUCCAAGGGCCUAUGCUGAAAUCAGCAAGGUGAAAGUUCUGGAAUUUUUGGUCAAGGUCAAAGGAACUGACCGCAUUUCCUUCUCACACUGGUAUGAGGAGGCUUUAAGAGAUGACGAAGAGAGUCGGGGCCACAGUUGGCCCCUUGGAUAG